CGCCUUCGCGUUCGUCGACGCUGCACGGCGCGAUAACGAGGAGAAAAAGUGGAUGCUUUUGCCCCCAGAUUUUAUUUCGCACUCGAAUUCGCGUUUCGCGUCCGCGAAUCGGGGCUUCGUGAGCGGCGAGAUCGAGUCUGGAAUGCGAAAAGGGGGGCUGGGGGCUGGGGGCGAGAGCGAGUUGGGAGUUGGGCAGGUUGGGCUCGCGUGGCGUGGCGAUGCACCCUGCAGCCCUGCAUUCCCCGAGUUCCUGGCCCUGGCGAGCGAGACGAGACUGACGAGUGACGAGAGACGGGACCCGUAGGUGUCGUGCCGGUCGUGCGCUUAGUUCCCGCAGUUCCGGCGGCACUUUCAAAUUCUCGAUCGUGAGGAAAGUGCGAGAAAACGAGAACUCUCUCGCCAAAUAAAAUUAAUUUUAUCGAUCCACGUUGGUCCACGUCAAGCUCGCACUCACCGAAUGUUUCCUCGUUCUUCUUUCAUAUUCGUUUCUUCUCCAUUUCUACGUGAAUGCAAAUAAAUUUCUGACUUUCGACCUUAAUGCGAUCGAAUCUUUUUUAAAUUUUCUAUCUCUGCGCUUCAAAAAAUAUAAAAACAUAUAAGUUAAAAAAAAUUCGAUAACGAGCGGUAAUCCAAUCGUUUUUCCAAGUUUUUCCAUGUUUUAAAAACACGUGGAAGUUCGAUCGCGAGUUAGCUCUAUUAUACUGUGACGAAAGAAGCUCUUAUGUGUUAUUUAUAAAUUAUAGUCAAUCUUAGACUGGUAAACAAAUGCCUUUUUUUUUUAAUUAGAUCAUCGAUUCUAUAAAAGUACUUUUGUAACGAGUUUGAAUCGUUUUUAGCUUCACGGGAGUUUGGCGUUCGAGAGGUUCACGCGAUAACCUAGAAUGGAACAAAACUGCACGGCACGCGAUUGGCGUGGACGACGAUAAAAUGUCGAUAUUACUUCCGGCAUAAUUAUAGAGAUCCUUUGCAUAGAAAUUCGAAAUUCACGCGUGUGAAUUAAACGACAAACGUGUCUCGCAGUUUCGUCCAAGUCGAGGAGCACGCAAGGUGAAAACAAGAGAGCGUAGAGUGGCGUAGAUCUUUACUCUUCUUCGAACGGUGUUUUUUACGCGAGAGAAAAAAAAGGCGGGUUUCACGCAGCCCACGUACGUGCGACAGAUUAAUAUUGCGCUGAGAAAGAACCGAGUUUCCGAAGAGAUGACUCAGCUGGAGCUGGAUCCUCAAUUCACCCAGGGGUUGCGACUCCUUUACUCUACCAACAAGGACUCUGCGGAGCAGCUGCGAGCUCUGUUAGACGAGGCGAUUAAGCAAAAGUAUGGGCCGUCCAAGAUGCUCUCCAAUGUGCUGCAUAAAAAGUACAUGAUGGAAGAACCAGUGUUGAGCGAUCACAGCAGCAGCAGCAGCAGCAAGAAGAGCAAGAGUUCCAGCUCGUCGAAGCAUUCGAGUAAGUCGAGCAAGAACAGUUCGCCAGUUAAUUUGCCAGCGCGUGACAACACUCCACCGGACAUCCUGCAGUCGGACGAUACGUUGGCCCUGGAAAUUCUGGAGGAUGAUCUUACGUGCGUUAUUUGCAAGGGCAUGGACGUCGGGGCGAGGAAUAGGCUUGUGGAAUGUCAGGAGUGUCAUUCUUUGUACCAUCAGGAAUGCCAUGUUCCCCAUAUCUUGGACUCCCAGAUAGAUAACGUGCCAAAACAAGUGUGGUACUGCUCUAACUGUACAAAGUCUCAGGUCUCGAAAGAAAGGAGUUCGCCAAAGACUGUGAUAGAAAACAAAUCUAAGGAGCAGAAAAAGUCUAGUUCAAGCAGUGGAGCUAAGAUAACACCAAAUAUCCAUAUUAUCAGCGCGGAUAAGAGACUGAAAGACAUGAUGAAGAAAGCUAAGCAGGACAAACGAAACACGGGUACUGCCACGGGUUCAAAGAGCUCUUCAUCCAGUUCUCCUGCAUUAUCCUCAGCCAAAUCUCAGGAUAAAUCGUUAUUAUAUAAAAUCAAGUCAGGGGUAGAAUAAACUGCUUAAUUUGUGAAAGAAAGAAUAGCAAACAAAACGGUACGAUAAGUAUAUGCAAAUAGUGUAUUUUAUAGAAAUAAUAUGGAACAGUUUUUUUUUUAUUGACAACCUAAUUAUUUUGUAAUUAAUUUUGUUAAUCUAGGAGAAAGGGCGACAAUUUUUGUUGUUACUUUUUUAUGAAUAUAUUUUCGUACGACCAGAGAGAGUAAGAAAGAAAGAGAGUAAGAGAGAGAGAGAGAGAGAGUAAGAAUCGCGCGUCCUUUUAUGACAAAGACAAAAAUUCUAGAUAGAUGAUGUUAUUAAUGUGUAUUUAUAUUGAAGUUUUAAUCUCGAAUUACACUCAAUCGAUAUUAAUACACGUGGGCCUUUGUGUAGUGUCUGAAUUUCUUACUGCCUAUAUAAAUACAAUUCCAUAUUAUACAAUUUAUUAAUAAUUGUACAAACGUGCCAUGUGUAAAUUUGUUAUUUUUAAGCUUUCGCAUUAUUAUUACAAAAAUAUUAAGUAUGUAGAAAAUAAUGACAUAAUAUUACUAUCGCUAAUAAUUAUUACACACGUAACAUCGUUCGUAAUACAAGUCUGCGUUGAUAGUUUUAAUGUAAAUAUACAAUAGAUCAUUU